GCCUCAGAAAAUGGAGAGCUUCCGGUGGCGUCACCCCGCGUCUCUUCCGGUCUGCUUCCUGCCCGGACCAAGAUGGCGUCCUCGGCACUGGUGGAGACGUCUGGCAGAGACGUGACGGCGGAGGGUCUGCUGGACCUGCUGAGACCUGCCAUCCAGCAGCUGGACGUGCACGUGCACUCCGUCAGAGAGAGCCAGGUGGAGUUAAGAGAACACAUCGACAGCCUGGCCACGGAGCUGUGCAGGAUAAACGAGCACCAGAAGGUGGCGCUGGACCUGGACCCCUACGUCAAGAAGCUGCUCAACACCAGGCGGAGAGUCGUUCUCGUCAACAACAUCCUGCAGAACGCUCAGGAGCGUCUGAGGAGGCUCAACCACAACGUGGCCAAAGAGACGGCUCGGCGGAAGACCAUGCUGGAGGCCUCGGGGGUGUUCGCCUCCCGGUCCCCCAGUAAACCCUGACCCUGGUCCUGCUCCUCCUCUCUGUGUUCUGUUGAGUCAGAUUGUGGUUUCUGUCUUGUUGUCGGAGGCGAUCUGCAGCGGUCAGAUUGUUUUGAAGGUAUUUAUUUCAUAUUAAUUCAGGCUGAGUUCGGAACGCAGUGAAGUGCUCGGUGUAACUAACCAGUCCAUGUUCACCACCCAGAGCUCCACCCCGAAAAUCACUUCACCACAGCCGAGAAAUGUUUGUAUGGAGGCUUUUUCUCUUGCUUUAUUUACUGAAACUGUAGCAUUUUGAAGCACUUCUGGAAAUAAAGAGUUUGUGACUGUA